UUUGACUCUGCAUGUGAGUGGCAAGAUGAAGGUGUUGCACAUGCUGCUUGCUGCAGCUUUCAGCAUCCUCACUUUUAAUGCCGCAUAUGGAGAGGAAAUCAUCAAUGGCAAGAAAGCCAAGAAGAACACCCUGAUGUACAUGGUAUCUGUGCAGUUGAACAACAAGCACAUAUGUGGAGGAUUCCUCAUAAACCCCAGCUACGUGCUCACUGCUGCCCACUGUGACGAAUCGUGCGAUCAACUCAGUGUGGUCCUUGGGACGCAGAACAUCGAUCCGAACAGGGAUAAUCUGAGAAAAUAUGUGGAAACAAAGUAUAAACACCCAUCAUUUAAGAACGUCAGUUUGGGGUUUGACAUCAUGCUUCUGAAGCUUUCAGACAAAGUCAAACUGAGUAAAGCUGUGAAGACCAUCAAAAUCCCAAGCAAGAAGAAACCAGUCAAGCCCAAAACCAAGUGCCAGGUUGCAGGAUGGGGACGAAGUGAAACCCAGAAAGUGGUGAAUGACCUGCUGGUGGCUGAUGUUUCAACCAUAAAUAUCACAGAAUGUAAGAAGCAGUGGAAUAAAGUGGACGUGAAACUCCCAGCUGACAUCAUGUGUGCAGGAGGCUACAAAACCAAAAGCGGAGCAUGCAAGGGUGAUUCUGGUGGGCCUCUGGUGUGCCGUGGUGUUGCAGUGGGCAUCGUGUCCUUCAAUCAUAAAAAGAACUGUGACUAUCCAAAUGUGCCUAAUGUCUAUACUGAGAUUUCAGCAUACACAGACUGGAUUAUGAAAGUGAUAAAGGGAGAUAGUUAAGAUGUUUUUGUACUUGUUUUUUUUUUUACGUCAAGUGAUUGUAUAAAAUUUGUAUUCUCUAAUUACUGUUACAAGUAAUGUCUGAUGCUUCUUCUUUUUUUAAAGCUUUCUGUAAAAAGCUCAAUUUUGUAUGGCUACUGCCUCAUAUAGAGGCUGUAGCCACUAUGCCAUCGUGUUGUAAGAAUGUAAGAAUGAGUGUAACAGUCACGCACUGUGCAUGCGCAUAUAGUUGUUCCUAUUAAAAUGACCAGUGAGUGUAUACAAUUUAGCUCACCAUUCGAAAUAAAUGGAAAAGACUAAAGAAAUCA